CCGUGGAGGAAGAGCCCGGCGCUGGCUCGAGUGGCUCCUCCCUGGCGACCGCGGGGGUCUGUCUGUCCUCCGGGAAAGCCUCGGACUUGGAACAACAAUGAAAGGGGGUAAAAAUAUAUCCAACAUGGCUCAUUCAAAGACAAGGACCAAUGAUGGAAAAAUUACUUAUCCUCCUGGUGUCAAGGAAAUCUCAGAUAAAAUAUCUAAAGAGGAGAUGGUGAGACGGUUAAAGAUGGUUGUGAAAACUUUCAUGGAUAUGGACCAGGACUCUGAAGAAGAAAAGGAGCUUUAUUUAAACCUAGCUUUACACCUUGCAUCAGAUUUUUUCCUUAAGCAUCCUGAUAAAGAUGUUCGCUUAUUGGUAGCCUGCUGCCUUGCUGAUAUUUUCAGGAUUUAUGCUCCUGAAGCUCCUUACACAUCUCCUGAUAAACUAAAGGAUAUAUUUAUGUUUAUAACAAGGCAGUUGAAGGGUCUAGAAGAUACAAAGAGCCCACAAUUCAAUAGGUAUUUUUAUUUACUGGAGAACAUUGCUUGGGUCAAGUCAUAUAACAUAUGCUUCGAGUUGGAAGAUAGCAAUGAAAUUUUUACCCAGUUAUACAGAACAUUAUUUUCAGUUAUAAACAAUGGCCACAACCAGAAAGUUCAUAUGCACAUGGUAGAUCUUAUGAGCUCUAUUAUAUGUGAAGGUGAUACAGUGUCUCAGGAACUUUUGGAUACUGUUUUGGUAAAUCUGGUACCUGCCCAUAAGAAUUUAAACAAACAAGCGUAUGAUUUGGCUAAGGCUUUACUGAAGAGGACGGCUCAAGCUAUUGAACCAUAUAUUACUAAUUUUUUUAAUCAGGUAUUGAUGCUUGGGAAAACAUCUAUCAGUGAUUUGUCAGAGCAUGUCUUUGACUUAAUUUUGGAGCUGUACAAUAUUGAUAGUCACUUGCUGCUCUCAGUUUUACCCCAGCUUGAAUUUAAAUUAAAGAGUAAUGAUAAUGAGGAACGCCUGCAAGUUGUUAAAUUACUGGCAAAAAUGUUUGGGGCAAAGGAUUCAGAAUUGGCUUCUCAAAAUAAACCACUUUGGCAGUGCUACUUGGGCAGAUUCAAUGAUAUCCAUGUACCAAUCCGCCUGGAAUGUGUGAAGUUUGCAAGUCAUUGUCUCAUGAACCAUCCUGAUUUAGCAAAGGACUUAACAGAGUAUCUUAAAGUGAGAUCACAUGACCCCGAGGAAGCUAUUAGACAUGAUGUUAUUGUGUCUAUAGUUACAGCUGCUAAAAAGGACAUUCUUUUGGUCAAUGAUCACUUGCUUAAUUUUGUGAGAGAGCGAACACUAGACAAACGGUGGAGAGUGCGCAAAGAAGCCAUGAUGGGGCUUGCCCAAAUUUAUAAGAAAUAUGCUUUACAAUCAGCAGCUGGAAAAGAUGCUGCAAAACAGAUUUCAUGGAUCAAAGACAAAUUGCUACAUAUAUAUUAUCAAAAUAGUAUUGAUGAUCGCCUUCUUGUUGAACGAAUCUUUGCUCAAUACAUGGUUCCCCACAAUUUGGAAACUACGGAACGAAUGAAGUGCUUAUAUUACUUGUAUGCCACACUGGAUUUAAAUGCUGUGAAAGCAUUGAAUGAAAUGUGGAAAUGUCAAAAUCUCCUCCGACAUCAAGUAAAGGAUUUGCUAGACUUAAUUAAGCAACCCAAAACAGAUGCCAGUGUCAAGGCCAUAUUUUCAAAAGUGAUGGUUAUUACAAGAAAUUUGCCAGAUCCUGGUAAGGCUCAGGAUUUCAUGAAGAAAUUCACACAGGUGUUAGAAGAUGAUGAGAAAAUAAGAAAACAGUUAGAAGUACUUGUUAGUCCAACAUGCUCCUGCAAGCAGGCUGAAGGUUGUGUGCGUGAAAUAACUAAGAAGUUGGGCAACCCCAAACAGCCUACAAACCCUUUCCUGGAAAUGAUCAAGUUUCUCUUGGAGAGAAUAGCACCUGUGCACAUAGAUACAGAAUCUAUAAGUGCUCUUAUUAAGCAAGUGAACAAAUCAAUAGAUGGAACAGCAGAUGAUGAAGAUGAAGGUGUUCCAACUGAUCAAGCCAUCAGAGCAGGUCUUGAACUGCUUAAGGUACUGUCAUUUACACAUCCCAUAUCAUUUCAUUCUGCUGAAACAUUUGAAUCUCUCCUGGCUUGUCUAAAAAUGGAUGAUGAAAAAGUAGCAGAGGCUGCACUCCAAAUUUUCAAAAACACAGGAAGCAAAAUUGAAGAGGAUUUCCCACAUAUUAGAUCAGCCUUGCUUCCUGUUUUACAUCACAAAUCUAAAAAAGGACCCCCCCGUCAAGCCAAAUAUGCCAUUCAUUGUAUUCAUGCGAUAUUUUCUAGUAAAGAGACUCAGUUUGCACAGAUAUUUGAGCCUCUACAUAAGAGUCUAGAUCCAAGCAACCUGGAACAUCUUAUAACACCGUUGGUUACUAUUGGUCAUAUUGCUCUCCUUGCACCUGAUCAAUUUGCUGCUCCUUUGAAGUCAUUGGUAGCCACUUUCAUUGUGAAAGAUCUUCUCAUGAAUGACCGGCUUCCAGGAAAAAAGACAACUAAGCUUUGGGUUCCAGAUGAAGAAGUUUCACCUGAGACAAUGGUCAAAAUUCAAGCUAUUAAAAUGAUGGUUCGGUGGCUGCUUGGAAUGAAAAAUAAUCACAGUAAGUCAGGAACUUCUACCUUAAGAUUGCUAACAACAAUAUUGCAUAGUGAUGGAGACUUGACAGAACAGGGGAAAAUCAGUAAACCAGAUAUGUCACGUCUGAGACUUGCUGCUGGGAGUGCUAUUGUGAAGCUGGCACAAGAACCAUGUUAUCAUGAAAUCAUCACAUUAGAACAGUAUCAGCUAUGUGCAUUAGCUAUCAAUGAUGAAUGCUAUCAAGUAAGACAAGUAUUUGCUCAGAAACUUCACAAAGGCCUUUCCCGAUUACGGCUUCCACUUGAAUAUAUGGCCAUCUGUGCACUUUGUGCAAAAGAUCCUGUAAAAGAGAGAAGAGCUCAUGCCAGGCAGUGUCUUGUAAAAAAUAUAAAUGUGAGACGCGAGUAUCUGAAGCAGCAUGCUGCUGUUAGUGAAAAAUUAUUGUCUCUACUUCCAGAGUAUGUUGUUCCAUACACAAUUCACCUUUUGGCACAUGACCCAGAUUAUGUCAAAGUACAGGAUAUUGAACAGCUUAAAGAUGUUAAAGAAUGUCUUUGGUUUGUUCUGGAAAUAUUGAUGGCUAAAAAUGAAAAUAACAGCCAUGCAUUUAUCAGAAAGAUGGUAGAAAAUAUUAAACAAACAAAAGAUGCCCAAGGACCAGAUGAUGCAAAAAUGAAUGAAAAACUGUACACUGUGUGUGAUGUUGCCAUGAAUAUCAUCAUGUCAAAGAGCACCACAUACAGUUUGGAAUCUCCUAAAGACCCGGUACUACCAGCUCGUUUUUUCACCCAGCCUGAUAAGAACUUCAGUAACACCAAAAAUUAUCUGCCUCCAGAAAUGAAAUCGUUUUUUACUCCUGGAAAACCAAAAACAACCAAUGUUCUAGGAGCUGUUAAUAAGCCACUUUCAUCAGCAGGCAAACAGUCUCAGACAAAAUCUUCACGAAUGGAAACUGUAAGCAAUGCAAGUAGCAGCUCAAAUCCAAGUUCUCCUGGAAGAAUUAAAGGGAGGCUUGAUAGUUCUGAAAUGGAUCACAGUGAAAAUGAAGAUUAUACCAUGUCUUCACCUUUGCCAGGAAAAAAAAAUGACAAGAGAGACGACUCUGAUCUUGUAAGGUCUGAAUUGGAUAAGCCUAGAAGCCGGAAAAAAACAACUGUCACAGAUUCAGAAGAGAAGUUAGGUUUGGAUGACCUGACUAAAUUGGUACAGGAACAGAAACCUAAAGGUAGUCAGCGUGGACGGAAGAGAGGCCAUACAGCUUCAGAAUCUGAUGAACAGCAGUGGUCUGAGGAAAAAAGGCUCAAGGAAGAUAUACUAGAAAAUGAGGAUGAACAGAAUAGUCCACCAAAAAAAGGUAAAAGGGGCCGACCACCAAAACCUAUUGGUGGAGGGACCCCCAAAGAAGAACCAACAAUAAAAACUUCUAAAAAAGGAAACAAAAAAAAGUCUGGACCUUCGACAACAGAAGAGGAGGAGGAAGAGGAAAGACAAAGUGGAAACACAGAACAGAAGUCAAAAAGCAAGCAGCACCGAGCAUCAAGAAGAGCUCAACAGAGCAGAGCAGAGUCUCCUGAAACUAGUGCAGUUGAAUCCACACAAUCCACACCACAGAAAGGACGAGGAAGACCAUCAAAAACGCCAUCACCAUCACAACCAAAAAAAAAUGUCCGUGUAGGACGCUCCAAACAAGCAGCCACUAAAGAAAAUGAUUCAAGUGAAGAAAUAGAUGUGUUUCAAGGUAGCUCUCCUGUCAAUGAUGAUAUUCCACAGGAAGAAACAGAAGAAGAGGAAGUUUCUACAGUAAAUGUACGGCGGAGAAGUUCUAAAAGAGAAAGGCGAUGAACAAAUGUAACCAAUAACUUUCUUUGUGAAAGCUUUGAAAAAAAUCAUUUGUUGUCAAGCCGGAGGCUGAAUAAAGCCUUUGCUGCACAAAAUGGGACUGCUGAAGAGUGGACAGUUGGACCUUACUUUGAUGACCUCAUGUGUUUGUGGUCAUACAACUUUAGCCAUACACAUGGUGAUAACAUUGACUCUAGAGUCUUGUGAAAAUGUAAUGUGUGAUGGCUAUGUAGACAUAAACUAAAGAAGAAACUUGUAAAUAUAUUUUUCUUUCUUUUUUUUUUUAUUAAUGUUUCUGACUUCUAAAGUGCUUGUAUAGCUUUUAUCUGCGGCUUUAAACUGACAGUACCCUGUUUAUUGGAUCUAUUGAUUUGAAAAGAGUUUUGUUAGAAUAGAUCGUAAGCAGUAAUCUGUCAGUGUUUGUAUUUGUAUUCUCUGCAGUUUUACUGUGAAAAUUUUUUUCAACAAACGGUGUCAUUUCCUUGAUGUCACUCUUUGUUGGAGAAUUUAAAUGGUCUCUUUCCCUUGUGUAUCUUACAUAGUGUUUACUCCUGGGCACCCUUAAUCUUCAGAGGUGCUAAAUUGUCUGCCAUUACAUCUGAGCGAAGCCUCUGAUGGGAGGACUCCUUGCAAAUUGUGAAAUAGUCCUGAAGUUGUUUGAUUAUUUUACACCUCAGUAUUGGUUCCAGAAUUUUCUGGCCUUUCAUGGCAAUGAAAAUUUUAAGAAGAGAGAGAUUUAAAAUAUUUUAAUUUUAAAGAGUGUGUUAUAAAAUAAUGUACUGAAUUCUUUAUCCCAUUUUACCAUCCUUUUCAGUUAUUAUUAAUCUACUGUAUCAAUAAAAUUCUGUAAUUUGAAUUAGAUUUUAAUAGUCUAGAAUGUUAUUGUGUAUAGAUAUUUCCUCUUGGACAAUAUGUUCAGAAAAUGCAAAUUAUUACACUAUAAUAUAAAAUCUGAUAUAUACACAUUAGAAAAGUUGCAGUUCUCCAUAAUAGUGUGUUAAUCAGAAAAAGAAAAAAAAUUUUAUUGAUGCAGUGUGUCUUUAUAAAGCUGUUCUUGAAAGCAAGUGUUUUGUAUUUUAUAGUGAGUUGCAUGUUAAUGGAAAAAUUGCUGAAAAUGGGAUGUGCUCUUUGUAAAUUCAUAUUUAGCCCAUAGUAUAUGAUAGAUUGCCCCAUAACAUAGUUUUUCAUCAAGAGUUUAUUAUUGUACUUUAUUUUGGAGCCAAAAAAUUGUUUUUUGGGGGGAGGGCAGGGUGGGAGUGAUAUCCAACUAUAUGAGCUACUGUAGGUAUCACAAUCUUAUGAACUUUGAGUGAAAUUCUACUUUGUCCAUUUUGGAAGAAGUGGAAAUUUAUUUGGAUUUAGACCAGAUCUUUUUUUUCCUCGUUGUUAUAAUCUGCAAAAUAUAGAUACAAAUUACUUAAGGCAGUAUCCUUUAUACAGUUUUAUAAACUGUGUUUUGAACCAAAAUAUAUGUUACUACUUUAAUGCUUACCUAAAUUCACUUUAGUAUUUCAGGUGCUGUUCUUUCUUUUUUCCAUGUCUUUAACAUCGUAAAAAUAAUCAUAUUCUAACUUAUUAAAUUUAUCACACUGAAUAAUGGAGCAUUUUCAUAUAAUACAUCAUUAUGUUUAAGGUAUAUUCCAAGAUUGGUUAUAAUAGAUGGGGGAUAUAAUAAAGAAACUACUAUUUUGGAAAAUGACAUUUUACUAUUUUCCAGUGUAUAUCUCAAUUGAUGUGAUUAUUUUUCUUUUAAAGACUUCUUCAUGUUUACGAAACAGCUUUUUACUUUUUAAAAAAUGUUGUGAAUUGUGUCUUAAUCUCUCAAUAUUUAACUAUUCUUCAUUUACAACCGUAUGACACCAGUGAUUGUGGGAGGCUGCUAAAUAUCAAGGCAGCUAAUGUUGGGCCAAGAUAAUUGGUUCUUAAAUGUUGCAUUAGCCCUAUUCUCCCAUACAUGCUUAUUUCUAUGUCAGCAGUACAAAGGCAUGUUUUUAAAUCUAUAAAAUAAAGAAUAAAGGAUAGCUUUGUAUUUUUGUCAUUGGCAAAAUUGCACCAGAAAUGUUUAUGAAAGUAUAUCUUUAAGACCGUUUUAUAAAACAUAAAAAUAUGAUUGUGGAGGAUUUUUAUUUGCAUGAUCAUAGUUAACCAAAUCUCAUCGUAUAUUAAUGUUGAACAUCAGUUCACAAAAACUGUUCAUUGUAGAUUUUGUUUAAUGCCAAUGAGUCUGUGAUUUUGCAACUUGUCUGUUCACUUUUGGGAAGAUUAUGAUGUAAAAUUUCCAUUUUUCUGUAGAAAAAUAGGUGCAAUAAUGAUCGAAGUUUUGAUGUCCUGAGUCUUCAUCUUGGAGGAGUACCUUAUUAUGUUUAAACUUAACAUUUCAUGUACUAACAUUUAGAGAGCCACAUACUAUAACUAUAGUAAAAUUAAGUAUGUAUAAAACAUUAAUUGCUAACAGUAGUUAGCAAAUUCUUCAGUGAUAAUGUUCAUUUUGAAAAUAUGUACUGUAUAAAAUUAAGAAAAUAUUUAACUCACUGUAACAAGUUCCAUUAUGAAAAUUUUGAUUCUUCAGUGAGGUUAUCUUGCUGCACUCUGUAGCAAAUAUGUUUAAUCUACAUUAUAAUAAAAUUUCUUGCUGCAGUGCAACAGGAAGCUAUUUCAGUGAUCUCCACUGUAUAUGUAAAUUACAGAUGUGGCUGUAAAACUUGUUUUAGGUAUUAAAGGUUAAAUUACUUUCUGUAUCUUAUUACAACUUGUAAGUUUGAUUUUUAAGAUUUCCUUUUGCCCACUUGAAGAUUAUCAGGAAUUAAAAAAAUUUGUUUAACUUAGGCACAUCUCCCUUACCACAUAGUAUUAUGUCACCAUAAUGAACAAUUGGUAUUUAGAUAAAUAACCAAUUUUCAGAAACAUUUUUGGAUUUUUCUGUGAAGUUGAAUAAACAUGAAAGCUAAUAUAAUUGUUUAUUUGAUUUAUGUGAAUCAAUACAUAUAUUGGAAUAUGUUUACUAAAUGAACAAAGACGGAUGAUAUUUAAUAUUGGAGCUUUAUGAACUUGUCAUGCAAAUCUUGGCUAACAAAGAUUUAUUGCUGUUAAAAUUAGUGGAUUGCAUAACUGAAAAAAAUAGGUAGAUAAUAGAACUUUGGAAAUAAGCCAUAAGAAAACACAUUGUUAGUGGAAGUUCUACUCAUUUCUUCAGCAAAUACGUAUUGCGUGCCUACUACUAGCUAGUCUAAUUAUAAGGUUGGAGAAGUAUGAAAACUAAUUAGAUAUAUGACAUGAUGUCAGACUGUGAAAAGUGCAGUGAGUAAGAAAGGAAAGCAGGAUAGUGCAGAAAUGAGUAGUGGAGAAUAUAUUUUAUGUACUUCAAAGCUAUGUUACUCAGUGCAUAAUGUCUCUGAUUAAGUGAACGUUUCAUAAUUAUAAAAUAUCACUUUGUAUCUUUAUGAAUAUUUCAUGUUUGCUUUGUCCAACGUUAACAUUGCAUACCAGUUUUAGCUGUUGAUUGGAUGACAGAACCUCUUUUACCCUUUUAUUUUCAACCUGUUUGUAUUCUUAUAUUUAAAGUGAGUGAUGUGAAAACAUUUUAUGCCUUCGUGGCAUUUUUUUUUUUACAAUGGCUGAAGGAUGUUUAUUCUUUUUAUGUGCAGAAGACAUAGCAGCAUACAUUUAGCCUAGUUUAGUGGCAAGUUCUUUAGCCUUUGCCUUUUUCAGCUUGGAGGUGCUAGCCACCGAUUUUGGACUCAGAAUGUGCUUCCCCAGUGACUACAGAUCUCAUGACCUCUGUCACUGUAAUUGGUUUUGAUAGCUUCUACCAGCUUAGCCAGGGCUCCUUUGUUUUCAGAGUAACCUGUGUAAAGGUGACGGUGGUCCCCAGUUCAGCUUUUCCUUUGAUAAUGGAGUAGGAAACCUCCAUCUUCCAAGACAGGGCAGGUAGGAAGACAGACAACUUGGCUUCCACAUCACCACCAGCUGAGCCUGUUCUCAUCAGGGUGAUGACAGUAUUUACCCCUGUUCAAAGGAUAGGUAGUCUCUUAGUGGGGACAUCCCCUUAGCCAGCAGCCUUCUUCUCAACCCAGGCCAACAAUCUUCGCUUCUUUUCCUAGGACUAUGGUCUGUAUUUGUGAGCCAGCUUUAGCAGUUGAGUAGCGGUUUUAGUGGUCCAAGGCCUGUGUGCACUGGUAAAUGGCAGGUGGCACUUUUAGUCACUUAAAAUAGCCCUUUGUUGCUGCAGCCUGAUGUAGUGGGUCCAUUUGACAAAGCGUGUGAGGUCUCUUCUGUGUGUCCUGGAUGUCCUGUCCAGUGCCAAAAGUCCUGUAACUUUUCUCAAACAAUUCAUUUACCACAUUCUUGGCCUCCUGAUUCUUUGCAAUCGUAGGGGGCAGGGCCAGCUUCUUUACCUUGGUGCCUUUUGGCCUCUGGUGGCUGCAUCCUUUUACCCAAUCUUAGAGUUUUUGUUCUUAAAAUGUUUAUUGACUGUUUGCUUUUGGUGUAAUUACUGAUGGCAGAAUUUAUUUUUAUUAUUUUUUUAAUUUUUAUAUUUCCCAUACAAUUGCAACCCUCUGAUUUUGACCCCAAUCCCUCCUUUCCCCCCCACCCCCAAAGGGUGUCUCUGGUUCAUAGUUGUUUGUUGAUUUUGGUUUUUUUCUUUCUUAUAGUUAUUCUUUUUCCUGGUCCCUUAUUUAGGUUUUCUAGAUUCCUGUUAUGAGUGAGACCAUCCGGUAUUUUUCUUUUUCUUUCUGGCUUAUUUCGCUGAGCAUGAUCCCUUCCAGCUCCAUCCAUGUUGCUGCAAACUACAUGUGUUUAUCUCUUUUGAUUGCUGAGUAAUAUUCCAUUGUGUAUAUGUACCACAUCUUCUUGAUCCAGUCAUCUUAUUUUUGGGCGUUUGGGUUGUUUCCAUAGCUUAGCUAUUGUAAAUAGUGCUGUUAUAAACAUAGGGGUGCAGGUGCCCUUUGGAAUUAAUGUUUCUGUGUCCUUUGGGUAAAUACCUAGUUGUGGAAUUGCUGGGUCUUAUGGAAGCGCUAUCUUUAGUAGGUUGAGGAAUCUCCACACAGCUCUCCAUAGUGGUUGGACCAGUUUGCAUCCCACCAGCAGUGCAGGAGAGUUCCUUUCUCUCCACAUCCUCGCCAACAUUUGUUGUUGCUAGUUUUUUUAAUAUGUGCCUUUCUCACUGGUGUGAGAUGGUAUCUCAUUGUAGUUUUGAUUUGCAUUUCCCUGAUUGCAAGUGACGUUGAACAUUUUUUCAUAUGCCUGUUGGCCAUUUGUAUUUCCUCUUUGGAGAAGUUUCUUUUUAGCUCUUCUGCCCAUUGUUUGACUGGAUUAUUUUCUUUGUUUUUGUUGAGUCUCAUCAGCUCCUUUGUAGAUUUUUGUGAUCAGUCCUUUAUCAUUAGUGUUGUGUGCAAAAAUUUUCUCCCAGUCGGUGGGGUUUCUCUUUGUUUUCAUAAUUGUCUCUUUUGCUGUGCAGAAGCUCUUUAAUUUAACAAUCCCCAGCUAUUUAUCUUUGCCUUCACUAUCACUGCUCUGGGUGAUGCGUCUGUAAAGAUGUCUUUGAGGUGCAUGUCAUGUAGUGUUUUGCUUGUAUUUCCUUCUAUAUAUUUUAUGGUUUCAGGUCUUAUGUCUAGUUCUUUAAUCCAUUUUGAGUUGGUUUUUGUGCUUGGUGUGAGGUAGUGGUCAAGCUUCAUUCUUUUGCAUGUAGUGACCCAGUUUUCCCAGCACCAUUUAUUGAACAAACUUUCUUUGCUCCAGUGCAUAUUCUUUGCUCCUUUGUCAAAGAUUAGUUGACCAUAGAUCUGUGGGUUUAUUUCUGGGUUUUCUAUUUGGUUCCAUUGGUCCAUGUGUCUGUUCUGGUUCCAGUACCAUGCAGUUUUGAUUAUUAUGGCUUUGUAGUAUAGUUUGAAAUAUGGGAGACUGAUGCCUCCAUUCCCUUCUUUUUUUUUUUUCAGGAGGGUUUUGGCUAUUCGGGAUUUUUGGUGGCUCCAUAUGAAUUUCAUCAAUAUUUUUUCUAUUUCCUCGAAGAAUGACAUUGAAAUUUUAAUUGGAAUAGCAUUGACUCUAAAUUGCUUUUGGUAGGAUGGCCAUUUUGAUAAUGUUAAUUCUUCCAAUCCAUGCGCAGGGAAUGUCUUUCCAUUUCUUUGUGUCUACUACUUUUUUUUUUCAAUAUUUAUUUAUAUAUACAUACAUACAUACAUGCAUACAUACAUACAUACAUACAAGCACUGGGUACAGUCAGAAGCACGGGAGGGUGAGAGAAUUCACCAGAGCCAGAGCGGGGAGCAGA